AUGUUCAAUUAUUCCGAGGACCUUUAUCAGGAGUAUUCCGCCGAUUACGAUGACAUCGACCCCAAAACGGCCCCGUGCGUUCAAAGCGAGGUCAGCAACUUCACUCGCAUCUUCAGCCCCGUGGUCUUGUCCGUGGUCUUCGUGGCGGGCUUGCUCGGGAACGGGCUGGUGGUGGCCGUCUUGGGCCGACGCCCGUGUCCCUGGCUCUUGGCCGACUGCUUCCUCUUCCAGUUGGCUGUGGCCGAUCUCCUUCUGGUGACGACUCUCCCCUUCUGGGCUGCCCAAUUCACCCAGGGUUGGCUGUUCCGAGAGGGCCUUUGCAAACUCUUGGGGGCCCUGAUGUCCAUGAACAGCUACAGCACUGCCUUCCUCCUGGCCUGCCUCAGUGUGGAACGCUACCUGGCAAUUGUCCGCGGCAUACAGCUGUACCACCGCUGGAAGCUUCUCCACGCUUACUGGGCCUCCGCCGUGCUCUGGGGAAUCUGCCUGGGCCUCUCGGCCGUGGAAUUGCACUUCCGCAUGGUGUCCUUCAUCCCCCAGGCGGGGCAGUUCAUCUGCCACCUGGGCUUCGAGGCCCAGGAGGCCGAGUCGUGGCGCCUGGGAUUGCGUCUCACUUCUUUCAUCCUCGGCUUCCUGCUGCCGGUCCUGGUGAUGCUCUUCUGCUAUGGCCGGAUCUUAGUCCGACUCUCGCACGCUCGCCUGUUUGGCAAGGUGCCGGCCUUGUGCUUUCUGCUGGUGAUCCUGGUCCUCUUCGUUCUCUCCUGGGCCCCUUUCCACGUCUUUCUCCUCCUGGAUAGCCUAUACCGCCAAGGUCAUUUCAAGCAAAAUUGCGCCUGGGGAAAGGCCCUGGAUUACGGACUGUUGUUCACGCAGACCCUGGGCCUGAUCCAUUGCUGUCUCAACCCUUUGGUGUAUGCCUUCAUGGGGGUCAAGUUCCGAAGGGAGGUUUCCAGGCUGUGGCAUAGACAGGACAGGAGCGGGGGUUGCAGGCCGAGCAUCUCCAACUGGGAGUAUAGCCAGCCCACAGACCAAACUGCAGCCCGAGAUAUAGAGUACGAUUAUUCUGUCAUGAUGUGA